AUGUCGUCUUUUCGGGAACUCGGGAACGAGAAGUUCAAAGCCGGCGAGUACAAGGAGGCCGAGCAACUCUACACACAAGCCAUCGCCGAACAUUCCCGUUCAGACCCCAAAGUCUUUGCGAACCGCUCCCUCACCCGGAUCCGUCUCCAAGAUUGGGCCGGCGCCGAAUAUGAUGCGCGCAAGGCGAUAGAAUUGUACGGCCCCAAGAACAAGAAUGCUGCCAUGAAGUCCCAUUAUUAUUUAGCGCAAGCAUUGCUUCAGCAACGGCAUGUCGGGGAAGCGCUGAAAGAGGCCAAAACCGCGUACGCCAUAUGUCUCGAGACACUCGACAGCUCGGCCGAGCUGAUUGGCAGUUUCAUUCUGAAAGCGAAGCAAGCACAAUGGCAGGCAAAAGAGACGGCGCGGUUGAGAGAAAUGAAUGAGACGUUGGCCUUGGUGGAAGACUUGCUGGAUGCGCAAUUACAACGGGACCUUGACAAAGUGGAAGAAAGGUUCCGGACGGGCGAGAUCGGGGAGACAGGCCGUCGGGAGGAGGUUGAAGAACUCCAGAGAGAGGCAGAAGAGAGACGGUCAAAUAUCAGGCGGGGAUUCGAGGACAGGAGUGUGCCAGAUUCGGCAGAGAGGGUUGUCCCCGACUGGCUCAUUGACCCCAUAACCUUCGAAGUGAUGCACGACCCGGUGGUCACAAGUACUGGCGUCUCAUACGAGCGAGCGACUUUGUUGAAACACAUCAAGGCCGUGGGAGUUGACCCCAUCUCCAGACGGCCCCUUAAGCCGGACCAACUGAUACCCAAUGUGGCGUUGAAGAAUGCUUGCGAAGAGUUCCUGGAGAAGAAUGGCUGGGCUGCCGAUUGGUAG